GGAGCUGAGGCUAGGCUCAGCGCGGAUAAGGGCGCGGAGCGCACUGAGAACCCUACUUUCUCGUGAGCCCGAGCCCGGCAAAUGGGCGAAUGAGGAAGGAGAGCAAGGACAUGGACUGCUAUCUGCGUCGCCUCAAACAGGAGCUGAUGUCCAUGAAGGAGGUGGGGGAUGGCUUACAGGAUCAGAUGAACUGCAUGAUGGGCGCACUUCAAGAACUGAAGCUCCUACAAGUGCAGACGGCAUUGGAACAGCUGGAGAUCUCGGGAGGCACGCCCACCUUCAGCUGCCCCGAAAGCUCACUGGAACAGCCUGAGUGUCCUCGCUGGCAGGGUAGUCGAGGUCCUGCUGGGCCUGCUGCCUGGCCCUCCUCCAGCCAACCAUCUUUUGACAGUAGCCCCAAGUUGCCAUGCCGUAGGAGUAUCUGUGGGAAGGAGCUGGCUGUCCUUCCUAAGACCCAGCUGCCAGAGGAGCACCAGAGCUGUACCCAACAGGGGACAGAGUGGGUGGAGCCAGAUGACUGGACCUCCACGUUGAUGUCACGGGGCAGAAAUCGGCAGCCUCUGGUGUUGGGGGACAAUGUUUUUGCAGACCUGGUGGGUAACUGGCUAGAUUUACCAGAACUGGAAAAGGGCGGGGAAAAGGGUGAGACUGGGGGAUCCAUUGAACCCAAAGGAGAAAAAGGCCAGUCCAGAGAGCUGGGUCGUAAGUUUGCCCUAACCGCAAACAUUUUUAGGAAGUUCUUGCGUAGCGUGCGGCCCGACCGAGACCGGCUGCUCAAGGAGAAACCUGGCUGGAUGACUCCCAUGGUCUCUGAGUCACGAGCAGGACGCUCGAAGAAAGUCAAGAAGAGGAGCCUUUCUAAGGGUUCAGGACGGUUCCCUUUCUCAAGCACAGGAGAGCCCAGACAUAUUGAAACCCCCGCCACAAGCAGCCCCAAGGCCUUAGAACCCUCCUGUAGGGGCUUUGACAUUAACACAGCUGUUUGGGUCUGAAUUGGAGAGAUGCUCACUGAACCUAAAAUGCAGACGGUGAGGGCCCUGGGGAAGAGGGGGGGGCAGAUGGCAUGGUCUUCAGGCCAUAUGCAAGUUCCCAUCCUCAGAAAGAAAAGAAAAGAAAGAAAGAAAGAAAGAAAGAAAGAAAGAAAGAAAGAAAGAAAGAAAGAAAGAAAGAAAGUUAGUUCUCAGUCAGGCCUCAGUAGAACCAAGUGGAGAGAGGCUGUCCGUCACAGGCCAGGCUGAGCUGAGUCCCUGGAGAAAAUGUGUAUUUGUGUGUACGUGUACGUGUGCGUGUGCAUGUGUGUGUGUGGUGUUGUUGUUCUUUGAGGCUGGAUGUGACAAUAAUUGGGAGAGGCAGGAGAGGAGUCCAGGAAGCCUGUGGUAUUCCUCCACUACUUCCCAAGAUCUCAUUUGAACAUUCUAUAUGGAAAGGGCCAUUGAGCCCUCAGGUUUCCCAGAGGAACUUCCAAUAAAGACCUGUCUCAGGGACCCCGCAACCAUUUUAAUGGUCUGCUUCCUGACAAGGCACUGCUACAGGCAAGGGGGUUUGAUUUGUAAAGGGUUGGUAUCCCAGAAUGGAGCACCAGAAAGAGGAAAAUCAUUACUCACAGACCUUACUAGGACCAAGAUUUCAGCCCAUAGCUGGGUACUGGGGACCCAGAACAAGCAGGUGUGUGUGUGUGUGUGUGUGUGUGUGUGUGUGCGUUCGUGCGUGUGUGUGUGUGUGUGUUGAGGAAGCCUGAGAAGCCCCCCAGAUCUCCAAAGAGCAGAGGAGAAGCAACGUGCCUUCAUGCAGGCACUGUCUCAUGAGUCCAAGUAGGCGUGCCCAACCAGCAUGGUAUUCCAUAAAGCAGCAAGCUCUGAGAACACACUCGGCUGCCGGGAGGCAAAACGGGGCAGGCUACACGGCCUGGUCCAGAAAUGAGAGCCCAUCCUGACCCCUGUUGCCUGCCUUAAUGCUCCUGCAGGGCAGCAGAUGGUUGGGGUGAACCUAGAAAUAAUGUCCAUAUAUUUAGAAAAAUUCUUAGUCUACAUCUCAUAGUCAUGCGGCGAGCUGGACACAUCUAUCCUCAUCAACCUGGAAGUCAACAGGGGACCCGCAGGGUGGGGUUGAUGCCAGGCACUUUAUAUAGUGAGCAGGCAUGCAAGCCUGGGUCCAUAGAGAAUCCAUCUCAGCCCCCACCCCUUAGCCAGGAGAGAACAAAGUAGGCCCCUGUUCAAGCCCAGCUAUCCCGGAGGGUGCCUUGGCUCCUCCUUCACCCCCUCCUGCAGACCUAGCUCAGCUUGAUGGGGUGUGACAACUGCAAUUAGAGGCAAGCCGCCUGCUGCCCCCAGAGCAUUAAGAGCAAAUUGGAGAAGAAAAAUAACAAGAGAAGCUCUUCUGCCUGCAGUCUAGACUCCCAGGGGACUGAGAGGAGGAAGGGAGAACUUAGGGGACAGGGAUGGGGAGGUAACAGAGUGGGAAGGGUCGCCCACAAGUUCCCAUCAAGUUAAAUGAGAGAAGGUUUUAUUUAUUUAUUUUUUAGAGUGGGGAUUUUUUUUUUUAAAAAAAUCUGUAGCUUUUUUUGCUAGGCAAUGUACCUAUCUCUUUCAGAACGAUUAAUCAAUGGGGUCAAAGGGUCCUGGCAUGCACGUUGCCCCCAUCAGGCUCCUCAAAAAGGAAAGCAGUUCCCAGCUCAAAUCUGUGGGCAUCAGGCUUAUCUACUUUGGCCUGGUGUUUGUCAGCUGGGCUCACUCUUUCUGGUCAAGCAUGCCCUUGUCCAUCCUGUCUCCGUUGAACUUCUGUCUCUGGUGAAGGAAGAUAACGGCAGCUCCCUCUGAUGGCUGCUGCGAUGUGUGUGGAGAAGGACCAUGUGAAAACCCCACGCCCUGACUCCUGAAGGGUGGCACACUCAAUAGAUGACUCAAGAGGACAUGGACUGCGAUGGCAUAGGAAGCCAGGUCACCUCCUCACCAUCCAUGGGCAACUCUCUUGGCUUGUGGACCAGUCAUAGUUCACACCAUUUAAAUCUAAUAACAUGUGCUGGAACCAUGGCUCAGUGGUUAAGAGCACCGACUGCGGUUCCAAAGGUCCCAAGUUCAAACCCCAGCAAACCCCUUGUUGGCUUACAGUCAUUAAAUCAACUAACACGACAGACUCCUUGCUUGUCUGGGCACUGUAACAGAAGGUGAGAACUCAACGAUAAGAAAGGAACCAGCUGCUGGCCUCCACAUCUGCCAAGGCAUACAAAGAAACACAGUGAACAGUCAGGGGACCAAUACAAAACAACUAGCAAGUAAUUUGGCCAUCUAAGAUAAUACAUAUGUGUCAGGCACCUUUGCCUUUAUUUCUCCUUUCUUUUUUUUUUCCCUACACCUGGAAAAUGGUAGCUCAUUUUACCCAAAUAGGCUCAGAGAAGUUAACUCUUUCAAGGUCACACAGUAAAAGUUGGGAUUGAAUCAGUUUGUAAUUGACUUCCAAUCUUACAUUCAUGCUACCUGGCAAACUGUCUACGUUUGCUCCAAGGCCAGAUCAAGAAUAACAUUUGUCUUCUGAGAUUAUUCAUGUCUCUUCAUGAUUGACAAGUGGCAUGCUAAUUACCUUUUGGAGGAAUUCUGCCUGGGUCUCAGAGUGGCUGAUAUAGUGUCCCAACUACUAGGUCAUGCUUGGCUGAUGAAAGCUUGUGGUGACUCAGCCUCAUAUAACUUUUACUUUCCUGUCCACAUCCUUGGCUCUUGCUGAGACAGAGAUGGAGAGUGUGCUACUGAAGUGAAGAGGUGCAUAGAAAUGCUCUGGCCUUAGUGAUGCGACAUGCAGGGCCACAAGUCAGGGGAAGAGAUGGUGAUAAUAGGCAGAGAGAAACUGACAGCUAAAUUCUGCCCCUUGGGCUCAUUUUAUGGUUAAUUAGGACAAGUAAAUAAGCUGGAAGCUCAUUUAAUACCCUUCCUGGCAUAGAGGCCUGCCCCACACCUGGCCUAAUUCCUUGGCAGGCCUCUAGUUGGCCUAGGUAUCUUCUCAGGGAUCUACCUGCCUCUCUCCAUCCUUGUCUGUGGUCAGCCUGUAGAUCUUCUCCAACCGCAGUAUCUACUGGAAGUGCCCCUCCCUGCUGGGCACGGUUGGUAGAGCCGGCCAGAUCUCUGUUUCCUCUUUCUUCUCUCCUCUAUACUCUUCUGUAGUCUACCCUCAGGGUGACCUCUAACCCAAACUAACCCUGAGGAACAGACACUUGGCUCAGCUCCACCUACCACCUGGCUCACCCGUUCCCAGAAUCUCCAUAGAAGAGGACACUUUCUUUCUCAAGUUACCCCAACAUUCUCUGCAGGAUAAAAUCAUGAGUCCAGCCUGUCUGUAGCUUCCCUGCAGAAGUGUCCAUUCACCUUGGGUGAUCUUCCCAACCAAGAUACUUAGGUGUUUUGGCCAGCACCAGUAUUUCUAUGAAUUCCUGAUCUGGAGUUGAAUAGACAGGAAUCGAGACCCAGGCUUUUCACCGUAUGAACCUGAGCAUGUGGCCUGACCUGCUGGCAGCUCCUCUGCUCUUGUGUGAAGCAGGAACGCUGUCAGGCACACAGCACAACACACCAGUGGUGGAGAACGCUAAUCCCAAAACACAAGUUCCACAGAAAUGGUACUAUCCUCCUAUCUCCUGCCUAACCAUGGACAAAGCUGAGAAUAAACAGUGCUUACUUUGAGCCCUGGUGGUUUGCUGAAAAGUACACAGCAACUCUCAUUUUAUCACACAAUUGUGGCAAGGACGUAAAUAUGGUCUUGUCCACUGCAGUUAUGGCUUACCUGGGAUGUUAAAUGUUGUCAAAUGGGGAAGGAUAGU